AUGGACAACCUUGCUGAUUUUCCCCUGCCAGUCUGGUCAGUAGACUUCUCCACAGAUAUUCCGCCACUGGAGGAUGUGCCUGCUGUAGCUGAUUGGUUGUCUACAAGGACAAGGUCAUUGAAUAUAAAGAAAGGCGACAGAGACAAGGUGGACACGACUACUAAUAAAUAUGAUGCACAGUCGCAGACGGCGUCUGCUGCAAAGAAGCAAAUGCCAUCAAGUUCCAAGAAAAAGUGUGAGAAAGACACAUUUGGUGGUUUGCCCAAAGGUUUUCUCAACUCCAAGAAGCAAACUCGAACUAAUACAGGCAUCAAAUGCCUAAAUGCUCAAACUCCUUGUGCAAAGAAAUCGCCACUUCUCAUAGCAGAAGUUCAGGAAGCAUUAAAGGAUGACCAGCCACCAUCCAGCAAUGCAUGGAUGACAGAUAAUUUGCUGUCAUGGAUAGAGAAGAACCCUUGUUUGGCAAAGAAAAUGAAAGAUCCAAGGAUUUCGAAUGCCAUGACAAUGUUCCAAACUAAUCCAAAGCAGGCAAUGGCAAAAUAUGCCAAUGAUAAAGAGAUGCAGAACUUUUUUCAACAGUUUUCUGCUGUACUUGGCGAUCAUUUCCAAUCGUUAGCGAGAGAACAAGAUCUUCAGAAUAAUUCAACUCUCAGAUACAAGGGUGCGGACAAUGUUUGUGGAAUCGUUCCCCAUGACCCCAUGAGGCCCAGCGCCGAAGAGGAGGAACAAAUGAAACGUAUACUGGCAAUGGAAGACGUUGCAGAAAUACUGCGCGAUCCCAGAAUCGGCAAGCUGUUUGAAAUCAUUCGCGCUUCAGGCUCACAAGACUUUAGAAGGGUCUUGCAAGCAUCACCGCCCGAUAUUCAAAAGAAACUUCACAGAUUGAUUGAGGUGGGAUUAUUUAAUGUGUCGUCCUGAUAAGAGUGAUGCUCAUGCUAUUGCUUAGUAGGCGUGGCAAUACUGAAGUGUACGUGUACAUUAUACACAUGGCAUGUUUGGUAAAUGGGCGGCUAAAUGUCUAUGUAAGCUUGUGAAAACAAAGCUUGUUUACAUCUGUAAUGCGUGGCUUAGCAUGGUUUAUUUAUGUGGCAAAAAUAAUAUUACCUGUCACUAACCAGUCACACAAAUGCAAGCCAAUAAUGGUCAAUGUGUGUAGAUGGCCAAUAGAUCACCCUAAUCAUAUUUUACUAUAUGAUAAUGCAUAUUAUGGGAACAGUGUUUGCUGGACUACUCCUAGUUUGAAAAAAACUGCCAGCAAAAUUGUUGUUAUUGAGCAUUAUAUGUUAUUGUUAAUCUGAAGAAUCACAUCCAACAGCAAUCGUAAUUAUAUAUAUCUAGUAUGAUGAUAACGUGCAUAUUUUUUUCAUUCGUUGUAUAUCUUAUACAGAAAUGUAUAAAAAAUUGUUUUUUUGUAAAUAAUGUUUAUAAAUGAUAGUGAUAACUAGUUCUAAGGUCCGCGGUAAUAUGUGUAUGGUAAUUGAUAUCAAGGUUAAAAAAACAUCUAUCUUUAUUAGUUUAUGAUUAAAUCAAUGCAUACCACUGUUUGUCAUAUAUAUGUUUAGACAAAGUCCAAAAUGCUAUAUGAUAUCUCAUAGCUCAGUGGUUCAUGUGUAUAAAAGCACACCAGUCGCCGUCUUAUGUUUAAAUGUAAAGACUCCACAACUCCAUAAUGCUAUAUCUCUUAGGCCAAAACAAAAUAUAGGUGUGGUUACGGUUUCCCGACCUACCCUAUUUAUUCCCAGCGACC